GACAGGACGUAAACGCACCAGGAGUUCCUCCAUGGAAACGCCCUGUUGACAACGAUCCCUGCUGAAAACAGUGGUGCGGAAUAUGUACAUUGCAAACGUAUGGUCUUAAUAAUUUGCCUAAAGUGUUUGUAGAAUAUGUCGAAAAACAAUUCUCGACUAUUAAUUAAUAGCCUUAAUAUCGCGCGCUAAAUUCUUCGCGACCCUGGAUCUUUGCAUUUUCACUUGCAGCAAAUGAUGAUCGUGUUGUUGUUGUUGCUUGGUGCCUCUCUUUGUGUGGGCAAGCCUAAUGACAGUUAUGAUGUGGUGGAGUAUGGGAGCGCACACAGGGUGUUUCUGCACCGAAGCACUCACUUCAUUGAGUUCAUACCUCAGUACAGGUCAGAUGUGAUAAUGUUGUGGAAUCGGGACAACCAUUCAGCCAGUGCCGACAGUAGAUGGAAGGUGAUGGGUAACUACUAUGUGAUAAAUAAUAUAACCCAGAGAGACAAUGGCCGCUACAUAAUGAGAGACCAGGCUCAGCGCAUGCUGUCUACAAAGACUAUUGAUGUAAUAGCAAGAAAAAUGUUCUACGAACUGAGGCCUGGCCUACAACUCAACUUUACUUAUGAUCUGGAGCCGAGGUCCUGCAACAUUUACUUCUUCCCAAAAAGUAACACUGGACUGAGGGGCUUGAAGCAAGAACUGGUUCGUCGUGGCAGGCUGCAGAAGGACAUGAAUCAUGCUGAAUGUGAAGGUUUCGAUCUGUUAAAGCCGUGUGGGCUUGUAAAUAAGGACGUCCAGAUGGAAUGCAGUGGGCACUUUGAGGUCAGAGAUCAGAACGACGACAAGGCCGUAGAGGUGGAACUGCAAAUGGAGUUCCAUUCGAAGACUGUUCAUUAUGAUCCACUUUACCUUGGUGUUGGCAUUGGUGCUGUCAUACUUCUCAUCUGUUGUUGCGUGACGCGUUGCUGCUGUAAGAAGAGCUUUUCUAAAAAGCAGACCGCCGCUCAGUCGUCCCUGCAUCAACAUGAGUUUAACACAGAUCCUGCUGGACAGAGGACACACCAACACAGUCAGCCCUAUGGGGCACACUACCCCGCUCAGCCUUUUUAUUCUCCGACUGGCCCGCUGAUACACAGUCCUCCUGCUAUGAAUGUGCUGCCUGCUCAUUCUGAGUUUGAGUAUCACAUUUGCCAUGAUGUGGCCACUUAACACCCCCCCCCCCCCAUUAUUGUUAUCACUCCAUUUGGUUUUAAGUACUUUUGUCUUUAUGUAACAGGAAAAGCUUGUCAAAAGUGAUUAAAGUGAUUUUUCUUCCAACUCUAAAACAAGUCCCUGUUUUUGUUUCACACCAUUAGCACAAGCUUUCCUUCAACCUGUAAAGCGAUCCAUGAAUUUCCUGUGCUAGCUCACUGAACAACACACAGAGCUGACUGCUGAUAAAACAGUCUUACCAUAAGGUCUGUUUGGUGGGUGUUCUGAGGAGCGUGAACAUAUCCAGAUGUGGAAAGACUUUUCUGAGCACUUAAGACUUCUUGUCCAUGUUGGCUCAAGAUAGAAAGUUCACUUUACCAUUUCUGCAUUCAGCUAUUCAUACUGAGUAACCAAUUGAAUGCCAUUUGAUGUCAUCCAUCACAACAGCCUUGCCCUGUGCAGCUUACCAGGUUACAGUUUGUGUUGCCACCAUGCCAGCAGGGUGUUGAUUUAAAUGGAAAUUUCCACUAAUCAUCAGUGUUGGUGUUGGAUUGCAAAGCUGGAUAUUUGACGGGCUGGAGGUACUGUGUGAAAAAACCCUUCUCUGUAAAAUCCAGCACUACUACCUAGUGUUGAAAAUGACUUGGAGCCACUUCUCUUUGAAACAGAUAUCAACAAAAAGUGAAAACUGUAAUCUUCCCAAAGGUCAUUUGUUCAAACUGGUCAGUCAAUGUAUAUGGUUUGUUCAGUUAAUAUGGUGAUUUCUUAUAUUAAUUGUUAUACUAAUGACACAAAAAUGAUUUAUGCAUAUGUAUCAACAUGCCUGUGUUAAUCAUUUAACAUGAAUAUUCUCCAUUUGGCACCUUGUUCAACAACAGCAGCAGCUACUGUCCUUAUUUUUUACUUUAAAUAGAUUUACAUCGACGUGAGAGCCUGAUUGUGAUACUCCGGUACUCACUGACAGAUCAG